AUGGAACCCAUGCCAGACUUUCAAUUCGACCCUUUUGGUCCUGGCGCAACGGCUUAUGAUAAUACCGAGGCUGGCUUAGACGGCAUCGAUUGGAAUGAUCCUGCUUCUGCCCUCAAAGCUAUCGGUGCGGGAGGGCCUGGUGGUCUCCCUUUCCCAGAAACCUUGUCGCCGGAAGAGGUUCGUCGACAGGCCACUGCAAGGUCAGACGAGAUCUUUACCAGCUAUGAGACCCUGCAUAGAAUUAUUCAACGGCAUGAGGCAACCAUCCAGAAACGCUGGUCGAAGAAAACUCGACAGCAGAGACUAAAUGUCCUGUUGUCUGCCUGGCCGGAUAUGCCGGCCAUCCAUCGUCCCGACUUCGAUGCUUUCCGGAGGGAAUCAGCGUCCGACCGUGUCAGGGGUACCAAAUACCGAGUCCAUUUCAUGUGGCCAUAUGUGAACCAGGAGGAUCUUCUGAACACCAAAGCGCUACCACUACUGCUGAACUCCCGAGGUCGCCAUCCUCCUUCGCAUUUUGCUGCUGCCGACAUGGAUGCCAUGCAUUUGGGCUUGGUUAGCAAAGCAAUUGUGCCCAUAUUUUUGAACUGUCAUGUUCUUAUACUGAACGGUAUGACUGAGAAUACUCGCGACUAUGGCCAGCUCGUAGCCUGGGAGGACCAUCCGGACGCCUUCGACUGGAUGCAUAAACAAAAGCAAUUCCUUCCUGGAGAGGGCUUACUAGUAAUGGAGGCACAGGCGCGACUAUUAUCCUUCCUCGUUCAAUGCUGCCAGCAGCUUCUCCAUGACAUUCCAGAGUCCACCUUAACCAGUAACUCAUUCCCUGUUCUUCCGGAGCCACAGAUCAAGCCUGAAAGCGAAAUAAGCGGCUUCGAGUCCUUGGGUGUGAUAGCUGCAGAAGCCCCGUAUCGCGUUCCUGCGCAAAUCGAUCUUCGCCGUAUUGCGUCCUUGCUCGCCGCAAGGGCAUCCGCUGCAGAAGAUCACCUUUGGGCCUUGCGCGAGGAUCCCGACUAUUUCGCUAGAACGCUAUUGGAGUGCAAGGAACAUCUCCAGGAAAUGUUGAAGGACCUCGAUGGUAAAAGUCACCCUGUACUUGGCUUUGGAAGGGAUAAUGUUCUUUGGGCGCGCAUUCUUGGGUCUAUCCUCUCGGAAGCGUACCUCAGGCUGGAGCUGUUCUCCGAACUCAGUAGCCAGGCCGGAAGAUUGGUUGCAAUGCAAAAGAUGUACGCCGACGAUAUUUCGCCUUCGAAGGAUUUACCAGAGGCGUAUCUGGAGGCCUUGCUCCGAUUACGUUAUUUUCUCACGCAGGCUGCCAAAGGGCCAUUAUCCAUGCUAAGGAUUGCAGGGGUAGCAUCUCCACCUCUGCGGAGGUUCUUUGCUCGUGUGCCGCCGCCUGAUCCCUACACGUCGAAGAUCUCAGUAACCUCAAAGCCUGGCGCCAAGAUGAACAAGGUGGAGACGCAAUUGAUCUGGCUGCUCCGCAACUUGUGGGAGGAUGGUUAUGAUUUAUUCCUCUUUGGGAUGCCCUUAGUUGUGGACGAGCUAGGACGACUGCUUCAGUCAGAGAAACAAGCGCAGGAACUACUAUCUUCAUAUAUUACCGAGGUCAUUGGGGACCUCUCCAUCUUCUCCCAGUGUUUGCAUCAAUUGGCACUUUAUCAUCCAUGGGCCAGAAGCUUUGAAUCCGAGCUUGUUGAUCGUGAAGAUAAAGUGAAGCAGGAGUUUGCGGAGCGGACACAGUCAUGGGCCCGGAUCCUAGCCGCGCUUAAGGCAGCUCUUCCUGAGAGAGACGAGUCAAAUAAAACUGUGGACCUAGGUAAACCCACGGAAGGAAAGUUCACCUAUCCUUUCGAAAAGCGCCGCACCAAGGAAAAUGUGACAGCCCUGCGUAAUGCAGAAAGCUGCCUGGAUGCCUUCUGGGCAGCCAUUGACCAAACUAUGGUCAACAAGGCUGGUGACUUGAGUGGCACGGCCGUGCGGAAUCUCCUCUCCCAACCGCGCAUCCUACAGCGCACUCGAGAGUGGAUCGAGCCAGAAAAGCCCCAGCGUGCCUCACAGGAUAAACCAGGCGGUGUCGAUCUUUACACUUUGUACCAACCAGUAUCCAGUGUCUACUCUGGCCUCUCGGCAAGGGCACUGGACAUCUCACAGCCCAAGACCAAGGUCAAAACCCGCGGAACUUCACACCCCGUUCGGAAAACUGAAGCUCUACCGCGGCACGACCCUGUUGAUCGUCAGCCAACCUUUUCUGUGGAUACGCGAGCCCUCAAGGUUUUCCGGGCCGUCUUCUUUAACCCUGCAACGACGUCAACACCGGGUGAAGUCUCCUGGAAUGACUUUCUGCAUGCCAUGACUUCGGUCGGCUUUUCGGCUAUGAAGCUUUACGGCUCUGUCUGGCAGUUUCAGCCGACCAGGUUGGAUGUUGAAAGGAAUAUCCUAUUCCACGAGCCCCAUCCACAGGGAAAGCUACCUUUCAAAACAGCCCGGCAAUACGGCCGUAGGCUUAAUAGGGCCUAUGGCUGGUUUGGAGAGAUGUUUGUCUUGAAUAAGUGA